CGGUAUUGUGAGUCGCAAAUUAUGCUGAAGGACAAGUUAGCUUCUCGAUCAGCCUACACAUCUUUUGUAACAUAAGGCCUCACUGGAAGUAAACUACAUCUGCUUUUCGCACCCAAUUUAACAAAAGAAACUCGGAAAUAGGUUGACGGUCAAAACACACCAAGGGGAAAAAGUUUGAGAUGGAAAACAUACUCCGAAAAACAAAAUAGAGCCACGAGUGCCUCCAGCCCGCUUCUGAACAGCGCACAACUGGCACAGGAGGUAAAGGAUGGGACCACUUGAACUGAAGGCCGAGUGGUUUUCGAGAAGAGUCCCCGUGAUGGUGCAAACAGAACGGGAAUUAACCAGGUGGAGAGGCAGCAACAAGUGGCCAGCCCAGGCUCCGCUGCUGGAUACUCCCCGGAGAAAGUGGAACUGAAAGCCACUCAGCCCUCUUGCCUUAUGGCAGUAGACUCGGAGCCUCCAGAUCCCUCGGCAACCGAGGGACUUUACUCACAGGGUUACGGCUCCGAAGGAACUUCUUCCCCCGCCCCCACCACCAAUGAUGAAUCACCGUCACCAGGCCAACGGCCACAGGAACUACGUCAGCACCGAACGAGCACCGCGAGGGGUUACUCGACUCUUCAGGGCCUGAAUACCAGCAGCCUUUGAAUGUGAAAGAAGUAUUUCAACCAUUUGUGCAGCCUGCAAAAGUAUCAUGCUAAUCAUAGCAAAAACGAAUAUGUGUUCUAUUAGUGGAUCAGUCUUCAACUGAUUAUAAGUGUUGGAGAAAGACAAGGCCACCCCAAUAUGGAGAAACCAUGGAAAUGUGAAUAUUGUGGGAAGAGAUUCAGUUACCCAUCCCAGAUAGAAAAUCAUCGACGCAGUCACACUGGGGAGAGACCAUUCAGCUGCUUGGCUUGCGGGGAAGAAUUUACACAGAGAUCCAGCCUUUUGACACACCAACGAAUUCACACUGGGGAGAGACCAUUCGCCUGUUCUGACUGUGGGAAAGGUUUUACUCAAUCAGCCAGCCUUCGGAGACACCAGCGAGUUCAUACUGGUAAAACACCUUACACCUGUUCUGUAUGUGGAAAGGGUUUCACCCAGUCAGCUAACUUUCAAAGACACCAACGAAUUCACACUGGAGAAAAGCCAUUCACCUGCUCUGCAUGUGGGAAAGGUUUCAUUCAGUCAUCUGAGCUUCUGACACACCAGCAAGUUCACACAGAGGAGAGACCUUUUCAUUGCUCUGACUGUCAGAAGUGCUUUAAAAGUAUAAAGCAACUUCUGGCCCAUCAGCGCACUCACACUGGGGAGAGACCAUUCAUGUGCUCAGUCUGCAGGAAGGGAUUCACUCGUUCAUCCACCUUGCUGACACACCAACAGGUUCACACUGGGGAGAAGACAUUCACCUGCUCUGAGUGUGGAAAGGGAUGCAUUACUUCAUCCCACUUACUGAUACACCAGCGAGUUCACAGUGGGGAGAGGCCAUUCAUCUGUUUAGCAUGUGGGAAGGGAUUCAUUCAGUCUUCACACCUGCAGAAACACCAGAAAAUUCACAAGUAACUGCAGGAAUUGAACUCACCUGUUUUUGCAGCUACUAAUCACAUUCAGGACUGUUUUAACAAGAGUUUUCCAAUAAUGCCUAUAACUUAAAUUGGUGGUUAAUGCAUAAUAAAAUUUGGAAUGAUUG